CCGCUCCCCCCUGGGAAAGAUGUUUUCCUUUGCAGCACGGCAUGCGCCAGGUAUGCACGUCGGUUACGCUCGGAACAACUCCGAACCUGGGGAUGAGGCUCGGGAUGGCUGGUUCACUGAUGGGGCUAGGUCUGGUGGGGAUGACUCUGGGGUGGCGCUGGGUGUCGUUUCUGGGGAUGGGACAACCAAGGAAGGUGCUUUUGCUGAUCUAUCAGCUACAGCUGCUGGUGCUACAGCUGGUGCUACAGCUGGUGCAGUAGCUGCUGCUGCCGUUGCUGCUGUUGAUGCAUCAGUUGCUGCUGGUGCAGGCCUGACUGGGUGGACCACUCAGGGGGAAAGGCGGCAGUCAGAACAGGCUAAUGUGCUUGUAAUAAACAAUGACUGUACGGGGGAAGAGGGAAGCACGAGCCCCACAGGUCAAGAUGCAGAAGAUCUUACUGAGGACCUGCCGGAAGCUGGCCAAAGCUCAGCCCAUCGGAAGUUCCUGGCCGUUGGAUCGUUCUCCGAGAUGGUUCAGGUGGGCUGGAGGGAGGAGGUAGGGCAGGGGCAGAGGGGAGAGGAAGGAGAGAGGACGAGGGCGGGAGAACUGGGAGGGGGAGGUGGGGAACGGGCCGGGGGAGAGGAAUGGGAAGAGAGGCAACAGCAGCAGCAGCAGCAGCAGCAGCAGCAGUCUCUCUCAGCAGUGCUAGAAGCCCUCAUCUCUUCAAGUGAGGCUGAGCUCUCAGGCAAAGGGAAGCGUGAGCACGGCAAGAAGGGCAAAGAAGCGAAGGAGAAGAAGAGCAGAGGGUUCUCGAGGAAAGGAAGCAAGGAAGGGAAGGGUGGCAGCAGCAGCGGGGGAGGGUCAGGGUUUGACUUCAAUUUGCUAGGGGCCAGCACAGGGGGCAACGCAGGAGGUGACAGUGGCUGUAGCACGGGAGGCAACACGGGAGGUAGUUCUGCCGCACCCGCAGCUAAUGUUGCUAAUACAGCAAGGCCCUUGCAGUCUUACCCAAAGCCUCCGCUUGGUUCGGCGCCGGGCUCGGGAGCAGGCUUGGCAGCAGCCGAGCCAGCCAGAUACACGCCAGCGGUCAGCGGCAAUCCCUUUGUGACGAUCGACUCAUUGGAACGGUGGGCGUCUGCUGACGUGGCAGGCUUGGGUUCGUCAGGCCUCUCCAAACCUGCUGCCGAGCCUAGUUCCAGGCCUGAGCUGCUAAGCCCGAGGCGAACGCAGAGCGUGGGAGUGGCACUGAAUUAUAGGGCGUUGGAUUGUGAAUCAGGAUCGGACGUUGGGCAUGCUUUGGGGCUCAUUGCUCCUCUUCCAAGAAAGGCCGUUCCGUUGCAGAGUGGCUUGAGGGAUUCGUCUAACGAACAGGUGGGGGAACCUGACUUGGGUUCUGGUUCAAAUAUCGACAUGAUUUUGCUGCAGCAGCAGCAGAAGCAGGAGCAGGAGGGUUGGGAGACUGGGAAGGGAGGACAGACGGGAGCAGAGGCCAAGGAGCAGGGGGGACUAGAGGAGCAGGAGCAGACAGAGGAGCAGAAGCAGGGAGCAGCUAAAGCAGGGGCACUGGAUGCAGCAGCUGCAGCGGGUGUCCUUCCAGCUGCAUCUAGUGUGCAGCCGAUACCUCUGGUGCAGGAACCUGCACCGCCAGAGGUCUCACCGGAGGCAAAGCCACGCAUCCCACGUGUCUCCACUGCAGAAGCCCCUGCAACUGAACUGGUAACCAGAACAGGCGAAAGGGUUUGCUCCAGCACCUCUGCCAGCAUUGGCAGCACCAGAAACAGCAGAGAAUCCACCUCCCGCAAAUCCUUCCGUAAAUCCCUUGCCAAAUCCAUCAACCACCUCCAAAAAACGAUAAAAACCUCCUCCUCAACCCGCCAACCCUCCUCCUCCUCCCGCGCCUCCUCUCUCCCUGCAGCAGAUUCCACCCCUCUUUCCCUCGAGCUAGAGGAUCUCCGCUCCCGCCCGUGCGCUCUAUCCGAAGAGAUGCUCAAGUCAAUCGCCUCCAUCUAUCUGCACCACGCCCAUCCCGCCGUGUGGGGCCUUGGGGAGGGGACACGGCGCGCCGCUGCUCUGCUCCUUGCCUCGGACCAGGCCCGCGCUGCGGCGGAUCCCGCCCAUGCUGCGGCGAAUCAGGCCAGUGCCACGUCAGAUCAGGCCCGUGGUGCAUCAGAUUUGGCGUGUGCCACGUCAGACCUGCCCUGUGCUGCGCCAGAGGGGGAGGAGGGGGUUGGGAAAGGAGGGUCAACUGGGAAUCUAGGGGGUCUGAGUGGCUCAAUCCGCCAUAACCUUCCAACAAGUGUGGUGGGGGAGGGAGGGGAUAGAGGUGAUAGUAACAGUGCCGAUAGCGAUACUUUAGGCCCGUUACAAGCACUCUCGAAUAGUACUGAAUCGACAGAUCCAGGAGACAGCAGCAUCUUCCUGCUUCCUCCCACCACCCCUUCAUACCCCCCUCUCACUCCCUCCCUCACUCCCUCCCUCACUCCCUCCCUCACUCCCUCUCUCUCCAAGAAGCCUUCUCUCUUCGCCUCAGACCCAGCCUCCAAGUCCCGUAGGGGGCUGGCUCUCGCCUCUGCUACAGCCAAGGCGCCCCAGUGGCUGCGCUCGGCAUUCCCUGGAGGCAAGCAGGGGGGCGGAGGGGCAGGGGCAGGCAGCGGGACAGGGGCAGGGGGAGGGACAGGAGCAGGGGGGGGGACAGGGGGUUGGGAAGGGUUUGAGGAACAGGAAGAGGCAGAGAAGCUUCUAGAGCCAUCGGGAAUCACGAGAGCAAGCACUGACACCUCCGCCAGAGACCGGGGUGGCAGCAGCAGCAGCAGUAAGGCAGCCAAUGCCAUGCCACGCUCUGCCUCCUGCGCUCCUUCUACUGCUCCUGCUGCUGCUGCUGCUGGUAUAGGAGCAGACACAGGCGCGUCAGCAGCUGCUAGAAUCGCAGAAGUAGGGGUUGGGAAGAGGCCGGAGGGGUUCGUGGAUCCAUACGGGGGGUUGGAGGGGCACCCGUGCGCGCCAGUGGUGGCGGGGUACAGCGCAGCCAUGGAGGUGACUGCUGUGCCUCUGCCCGACUCGUUCAGCAGUGCAGACAUCUUCCUGCUCUGCCGCUACAGAAUGCUGGUGGAGCAGCUAGAUGACGUGAACCCAGUGCUAUUGUCAGAGGACGAGCGGAUAGCCUUCUGGGUCAACCUCUACAACUCCCUGCUUCUGCAUGCGUUCCUCAUGGACGGCUACCCUGCAACUCAUACCAAGCGCAUGGCCAUGCUUCAUCAGGCCACCUACACCAUCCGGGGCAAGGCAAUCAGCGCUAUUGAUAUCGAGUUCUCCAUUCUUCGGGCGGCCUCCUUCCGCCCUUCUCUGGCCAGGGCCCUCAAGGCUCGCCCCUUUUCUCCAGACGAUUAUCGCUCCUCCUGGGUGCUCCAGUCCCCCGAGCCCAGCGUCUCCUUCGCUCUCUGCCCCGGCACCUUCUCCGCUCCUCUGCUGAGAGCCUUCUCACCGCACACGGUCAGAGCAGAGCUGGAUGAGGCGAGGGAGAGCUUCCUCGAGGUGUCUCUGGGGCUCAGUCAGAACGACCGCAUUGUUCUUCCCAAAAUACUGGACUGGUUUUGUCCUGAUUUUGCCGAUUCCCUUCCAUCCUUGCUUGAGUGGGCCUUAAAUCAACUCCCCCCUGCCCCGCGGUUGGCAUUGGCCAAGCGGAUUGCUCUCAAAGUCAAUCCCACAAUCACACAAUGUGUUGAGGUGGCGCCAUUCGACUGGUCGAUCCGUUACCUUCUCGACCCCAAAUCACUCACUAUAAACACUGAUGGGUUGUAGACUUGUGGUCCACAAGAGAGGCAUGCGGUAAUACAGUAUUCAGCAAGUCAUGAAUGAUAAAACUAUGCUCUGAUUGAGGGUGAGGGGUGGUUUGCUUUUUUUUGUCAUUGCCACUCUAACGAGGUAGUUUUCCCUUGCACAAGUAUUCCCAUCGGAUACAUAGUUCGAUGGCAUAUAUUUACCAUGAUUUGCAAAGGGACAUA